UGGCUGCACUUCAUAUGGCUCUCUGCAACUCAUUCAUCACUCACUCAAAGUGAUCAUAAACCCCCAAAAGAAGAAGGAAAAACUGGGUACUCUCUAAUGGAGAGUGUAAUUCUUCCCUGUAAAUCAAUUUUUCCAACAAUUUCAGAAUUACCUCAAAAUUAUCAUCCAAAAACAAAAGUACCCAUCAAUUUUGUACCCAAUACAGAGCAAUCAAGAUUCACAGAUACCCAUUUGGAUUAUCUCUGCAAAAAUGGGCGCCUCACCGAAGCCAUAACAACUCUUGAAUCCAUUUCCCAAUAUGGGUACAAGGUAAAAACCGAAACUUUUUCAAGACUGAUAGAAUCUUGCAUCAAUGAAAAGUCACUGUAUUUAGGCCGUAAACUUCAUAAGGAAAUGAAUUUUUUACUGGAAAAAUUUGACCCUUUUAUUGAAACUAAGUUGUUAGGGAUGUAUUCGAAAUGUGGGUCUUUACAAGAAGCAUAUGAAAUGUUUGAUAAAAUGCGUAAAAGGGAUUUAUAUGCUUGGUCUGCUAUGAUUGGUGCUUGUUCCAGAGAUUGUAGAUGGAGUGAGGUUAUGGAGCUUUUUUAUAUGAUGAUGGGGGAUGGUGUAGUACCUGAUAGCUUUUUGUUCCCAAAGAUUUUGCAAGCGUGUGCGAAUUGUGGGGAUGUUGAGACUGGUAUUUUGAUUCAUUCUAUAGCGAUUCGAUGUGGAAUGAUUUCUGAGAUUCGUGUGAAUAAUUCGCUUCUGGCUGUUUAUGCAAAAUGUGGGUUGUUAGAUUCUGCAAAGAGGAUUUUUGAGAGUAUGGAGAUGAGGGAUACUGUGUCUUGGAAUUCAAUUAUAAUGGCAUAUUGUCACAAGGGUGAUAUUGUUGAGGCACGGAGGUUAUUGAACUUGAUGCAUCUUGAAGGUGUAGAACCAGGUUUGAUUACCUGGAAUACAUUGAUAGCAAGCUAUAAUCAGCUAGGCAGGUGUGAUGAGGCCCUGGAGGUUAUGAAGGAGAUGAAGGGUAAUGGGAUAAUGCCUGAUGUUUUUACUUGGACUUGUCUAAUUUCAGGUAUGUCUCAACAUAACAGGAACAGUCGGGCACUAGAAUUGUUCCGGGAGAUGAUUUUGAAUGGGGUUACGCCAAGUGAAGUUACACUCACAAGCACAGUUUCAGCUUGUGCAUCUCUUAAGGACCUGAGGAAGGGAAGAGAGCUCCACUCCUUGGUUGUUAAGUUGGGAUUUGAUGGAGGGGUAAUUGUUGGGAAUGCUUUGGUUGACUUAUAUUCCAAGUGUGGUAAACUCGAAGCUGCUCGGCUGGUCUUUGAUAUGAUCCCAGAGAAAGAUGUAUACAGUUGGAAUUCCUUGAUUGGAGGGUACUGCCAAGCUGGGUGCUGUGGAAAGGCCUAUGAUCUUUUUAUGAAGAUGCAUGAGUUUGAGGAAUCACCUAAUGUAAUCACGUGGAAUGUGCUGAUUACAGGACACAUGCAAAAUGGUGAUGAGGAUCAAGCAUUGGAUCUUUUCUGGAGGAUGGAGAAGGACGGGAACGUUGAGCGGGAUGCUGCUUCAUGGAAUGCUCUCAUUGCUGGCUAUUUGCAUAAUGGACAGAAAGACAAAGCAUUGGGUAUAUUCCGGAAAAUGCAGUCAUUUGGUUUUAAGCCGAACACAGUUACCAUUCUGUCCAUCCUACCAGCAUGUGCAAACCUAAUUGGCGCAAAGAAGGUGAAAGAGAUCCAUUGUUGUGUUUUGCGUUGCAAUCUAGAAAAUGAGCUAUCCAUUGCUAAUUCUCUUAUAGACACAUACUCCAAGUCUGGGGGAUUACAAUACUCGAAAACAAUAUUUGAUGGGAUGUCAACCAAAGAUAUCAUUUCUUGGAACACAUUGAUUGCUGGUUAUGUUUUACAUGGCUUUUCCAGUGAGGCAACAAAGCUAUUUCAUCAAAUGGAAGAGGCAGGGCUUAAACCAAAUAGGGGUACUUUCUCCAGUAUGAUUUCGUCUUAUGGUCUAGCCAAAAUGGUUGAAGAGGGGAAGCGUAUGUUCUCUAGCAUGUACGAGGAGUAUCAGAUUGUACCAGGUCUAGAACAUUAUGUGGCUAUGGUUAAUUUAUAUGGACGCUCAGGUAAACUUGAAGAAGCAAUUGAUUUUAUAGACAAUAUGACCAUGGAGCAUGAUAUAUCUAUAUGGGGUGCAUUGCUGACUGCUUCUCGUGUGCAUGGUAAUUUGAAUUUAGCCAUCCAUGCUGGGGAACAAUUACUCAAACUGGAUCCUGGAAAUGUAGUGAUCCAUCAGUUACUUUUACAGUUAUAUGUACUACGUGGGAUUUCUGAAGAAUCAGUAACAGUGAUGCGACCUAGAAAAAGAAAUCAUCAUGAAGAGCCUCUUAGUUGGAGCUGGACUGAGAUCAACAAUGUGGUCCAUGUUUUUGCUUCAGGUCAGCAAAGUAAUUCUGAGGUUCCAGAUUCUUGGAUAAAAAGAAAGGAAGUAAAAAUGGAGGGAUCCAGCUCUUGCAAUAGGCUUUGCAUCAAAGAAGAGGAGAACGAAGAUAUUACUAUAGUUCAUAGUGAGAAGCUUGCACUUUCUUUUGCCCUCAUUAACAGUCCUCAAUCUUCUCGAGUGAUACGAAUUGUUAAGAACCUCAGAAUGUGUGAAGAUUGUCAUAGGAUUGCCAAACUUGUUUCUCAGAAAUAUGAACGUGAAAUAUACAUACACGACUCAAAGUGCUUGCAUCACUUUAAAGAUGGUUAUUGUUCCUGUGGCAACUAUUGGUAGGUAAGUGGCCAUGAACAGUAAUUUUCUCAAAGACAAGUCUCCUCUUCUCCAAGGAGUUGAUCGAUCUGCUGUUUUCUGGAGAAAAGUUUUGCAUGAGGUAAAGCAGAUCCUCUUUGACAAUGUAUAGAUGAUGGUGCAAACCGUAGCAACUCAAAUGUUGUACUGCUGUAUAUAUGUGCUUGGUCAGAUCUUGUAAAUGGUUGAGAGAAAUCUGGAUUAUGACAGUAGUUCAUAUGCUCUGUAUCAAAUUGUAUAUAUGCUAAAGAGAUAAUCUUUCUUCUUACCAAGUGUUUCUCUGAAAUCAUGUUUCUUUUCUGAACUCUGUGAGAAUUGAACUAUCCCUUGGAUGGGCAUCCCAAGGGUGUGGUUAGUCAACAUUUUUCUUGCUUA